CUCAAGACAAAAUGGCCGACUAGAAGACACGAAAAAUUAAAAAGAAAGCACAAAAAUUACUGUAAAAAAUAUUUUUUCAUACCAAAACCAUGGCUCCAAUGAUUAUAAGAAUUCAGUCCAGUGAGGGAACCGUGAGAGUGAAAACCUCUUCUGAUGAAACACUGUCGACAUUUUUUAAAAAGAUUGAAACAGAACUCUCUCUUCCCAAGAAAGGCUGGACGCUGUACAAGAACAGAAACAAGACUGAAAAAAUUGAAAGCUCAACACGAAAGACUCUAGAUUAUAUAUCACUAAAACAUGGAGAUAUGUUAUUCAUUGACAAGUCCAAACUCUUGGAAUCAGAAGUUCCUUCUAAUGAGUCAUCAUCAUCAUGGACAUCAACUUCAAUUUCAUCAUCAUCAUCUCCUAGUGGUGCGUCAUCUAAUGAUGUCAAGGAAGAUGACAUUGAUGUGUUCCUGUUCAAAGAAGAUGGCCUUAUUCACAGAAAGAAGGAUCCUCACAUGUGUCACCAUGGAGACCAUAGUAAAUGUAUACAUUGCGUCCCAUUGGAGCCAUAUGAUGAAACAUAUCUAAAGGAACAUGAUCCUCCCAUCAAACACAUGUCUUUCCAUGCCUACCUAAAGAGACUCUGCCAUGGCACCGACAAGGGCAAGUUUGCAGUAGUUGAAGACAUCAGUUGUAAGAUCAAACCAGGAUGUACUGAACAUCCUCCAUGGCCAGGUGGAAUUUGUACAAAAUGUCAGCCAAGUGCUAUCACUUUGAAAAGACAGGAAUAUAGACAUGUGGACAACAUAUUGUUUGAGAAUCCUCUAAUUGUAGAACCUUUUCUAGAUUACUGGAGAAAAACAGGAAACCAGCGUAUAGGAAUCCUGAUUGGUCGAUAUGAGCAUCAUAAAGAAGUGCCCCUUGGUAUAAGAGCUGUAGUUGCAGCUAUCUAUGAACCUCCUCAGGAAUGUACCCCAGACAGUGUGGAACUUCUGGCAGACCCCAACAAUGACACAGUACAAAAAGUAGCAGCAGAUCUUGGCCUACAGUUUGUAGGUUGGAUCUUUACUGACCUUGUUCCUGAUGAUGUCAAGAAAGGAACAGUAAAACAGCUGCGCGGCAUUGAUACACACUUCCUGAUGGCAGAAGAGUGUAUCAUGGCUGGUCAUUUUCAGAACCAGUAUGCUUCUCCUUGCCGGUUUGCAUCUUCAGGAAAAUUUGGAUCAAAGUUUGUGACUGUUGUUGUUUCAGGUCAUGAAGGGAACCAGAUUGGUUUUGAUGGUUAUCAGGUAUCAAACCAAUGUAUGGCUCUUGUACGAGAUGACUGUCUGCUUCCAACCAUUGAUGAGCCAGGUCUUGGUUAUAUCAGGGAAUCAUCCACUGAUCAAUAUGUUCCUGACGUAUUUUACAAAGAUAAAGAUUCAUAUAACAAUGAAGUAACGCUCCUAGCAAGACCUAUGCCGAUAGAGUAUGUUCUUGUUCAGGUUUCAGCAGCUUUUCCAGUAGAACCUCAAUAUACAUUCCCAAGAAAAGGUGGUGUUUUUCCCAUUGAAAACAGAGAAAAUAUUGGAGAAUUUCAGAAUCUCGAUGCCAUCACAAAGCACAUGGCACAGUAUCAUCCUGGGGAAUUUCUAGAGGCCAUGACCAACUUUCAUUUACUGGUCUUCCUUGCAACCUGUGAUAUACUGCCGACAAAAAACCAAAUAACACCACUAUGCUUGGCCAUAAAGAAUCAAGAUGUAGGAGCAAUGCAUGACUGGAAGAAAAGUGAACACUGGAGAACUGUAGAAGAGAUUGUAGCAGCACAAGGAGCAUCUUCUGGACUUGAGGCUGGGUCAGGAGAUGUUGACAUGAGGGAUAUCAGUAAAACCUCAGCAGGUUCCUCAUGGACGUGUAAACACUGUACAUUUAUCAAUGAAUACAGAGAUUCCUGUGAGAUGUGUGGAUUACCCAGAAGCUGAUCCAACAAACAAACAAAUCAAAAAUAUAUUAAAGGACUGAUUCAUGUCACGCAUGACCACUAUCUCAUGUUUUGACAUGUUUUGAUGGACUGUCUGUCCAUAGCUAUAUCUGAAACUCCAAAUCUAGGUGCCAACUAUGCUCAAAAGUCCAGCAAUUCACAUUAUUUUUGACUUUGAAAAAUUAGAUUUUCAAUGUAAUUCCAAGCGAUUUGGUUGGACAGUGAAUUCUUUUGGAAAAUAUUUCACAAUCUUCUUGAUAGGGGGUUAAAAACCUAGUUUUUUUACAGACAUUGUUUUGGAAUAUUGCAGUAGCUGAUUGGAGAUUUAAAAUUAUGAACAUGAAUUCUUGAAAGCUACGCUUGACUUCCCAGAUUUACUGGUCACGCUUGACAUGAAUUAGGUGUAAAAAAGGACUGAUAGUCUCUCCAGCUACCACAGGGAGCCCAAGCAUGUGGUUUAUUUUGCUAUUUGAUAACACAUGCAUGAAGUGAUGUAUGUAAUUUUUUUCUUCUUCUGUGGUUUCUUUAGGUCAAGAGUUUGCCUGUCAUUCUUUACUAUUUUGAAAAGUAAAUGAGAAUUAUAAAUAGAUAAAUAAUUUCAAAAUUUCCAAACUGAGCAGACAUU